GUAGUAUAGUGGUAAGUAUUCCCGCCUGUCACGCGGGUGACCCGGGUUCGAUCCCCGGCAACGGCGUUUUCUUCCUUUUAAAUUGUUUAUUAUUUUAUUUAUUUAUCAUAAAUUUGAAAUUUCCCCAUAAAUGCGCCAAGUCGUUCAUCUCCCCCUAAAUUUCAGAUACUCAAAACCAUUAGAGAACCUAGGAACCAGCCAUAAACAAACGUCAAAGCAAAUUUCCAAAAACAAAAAAUAAAUAAAACAAUUCUCCAUCACCACGACGGAGACAUAUCCCCUCCGUGACUGCAUGUUCCCCGCCGUUUAUUCGCAAUACAAAAUUGUAAUUUUUAUAAUCGUAAAACACAUAAUAAAAGAAAAAUGGGAGGAGGAGGAGGCGGAGGAGGCAGUAUAGAAGGCCCGAGAGAGCUUGAUCAGACCCCAACAUGGGCCGUCUCCACCGUUUGUGGAGUUAUCAUCUUGAUCUCUAUCAUCUUGGAGCUCAUGAUUCACAAAGUCGGAUCGGUGUUCGAGAAAAAGAAGAAGAAAGCCUUAUACGAAGCUCUUCAAAAGAUCAAAAACGAGCUAAUGGUUUUGGGAUUCAUUUCGCUGCUACUAACAUUCGGACAAAACUACAUCGCAAGCUUGUGCGUGGCGUCAAAAUACGGUAACGCUAUGUCCUUCUGUGGUCCGUACGAUGGUCCAUCUGGUGACACUAAGAAGGUAAAGGACACCGAUCACAUGCAGAGGCAUCUUCUCUCCCUUCAACGCCGUGUUUUGGCUGGAGGUGCUCCUGCUGAGUGCAAGAAGGGCUAUGUGCCGCUUAUAUCACUCAACGCGUUGCACCAAGUGCAUAUCUUUAUCUUCUUCUUGGCUGUGUUUCAUGUCAUUUAUAGUGCUAUUACCAUGAUGCUUGGAAGAGCAAAGAUUCGUGGAUGGAAAGUAUGGGAGGAAGAGGUCGUAAAUGAUCAUGAAAUGAUGGAUGAUCCUUCAAGAUUUAGGCUUACACAUGAGACAUCUUUUGUUCGGGAGCAUGUUAAUACUUGGGCGAGGAACCGAUUCUCCUUCUACGUUAUGUGUUUCUUUCGUCAGAUGCUGAGAUCUGUAAGAAAAUCUGACUACUUGACGAUGCGUCAUGGGUUCAUUAGUGUCCAUUUGGCACCGGGGAUGAAGUUUAAUUUCCAAAAAUACAUCAAAAGGUCAUUGGAAGACGACUUCAAGGUAGUCGUGGGAAUCAGUCCUGCGCUAUGGGCCUUUGUAAUGAUCUUUUUACUCGUUGAUGUUCACGGAUGGUAUGUUACUGCUGUGAUUACCAUGGUUCCUCCAGUUUUGACAUUAGCGAUAGGAACCAAGCUUCAGGCCAUUAUAUCAGACAUGGCUUUGGAGAUUCAAGAGAGACAUGCAGUGAUACAAGGGAUGCCACUAGUCAAUGUCUCUGACCGACAUUUCUGGUUCGCUCGUCCCGCUUUAGUCCUCCAUAUCAUCCAUUUCAUUCUCUUCCAGAAUGCUUUUGAGAUCACCUACUUCUUUUGGAUAUGGUAUGAGUUCGGAUUAAGGUCCUGUUUUCAUCACCAUUUCUACCUCAUAAUCAUUCGGGUUGCUCUAGGGGUGGGAGUACAAUUUCUUUGUAGCUACAUCACACUUCCUCUCUACGCUCUCGUGACUCAGAUGGGAUCAACGAUGAAGCGAUCGGUGUUUGAUGAGCAAACGUCAAAGGCGUUAAAGAUGUGGCAUAAGAAUGCAAAGAAAAAGAGUGAAACGCCAGGUCCAGUGCCUACAACCCGACCUAGAACCGCGGGCGAUAUUGAGUCUGCUCCGGCUAACAUCACCGCAAGUGUUGAUAAUAAGGAAGGAGAACAGGGCCGUAAACCUGGUGACCUAUUAAGCGGUCCCUAGAAACCAGUUCGGUCAAGACACUGUACUUUCCGGCUUACUGAAAUACUAUUUCAUAAUUUUUAUUAUUAUUAUAGGUUCUAAGCAUUUAUUUUAUGUAAUUAUUUGUUGUAUAACAAUAGUUCAAUUUUGUACAGCCUACCAAAGGACAUAAUAUAAAUCUGACCUAUAUAGCCUACAAGCUCGGGUUUAGCAUGAUUGAUUACCUUUAGCAACAACCUACCUUAGUGGUAAAGUUGAUGUAGUAACAUGUUUAAGCGAUAACAUAUGUGAUAAAUAACCUAUUUGCGGAAUUUUUUUUUUUGUCAUAACCAAUUUGAGUAAUGAUUUAUUUUUUUCUUUUUCAGGAUUUGAUCUUCAGAUAUUAAAUAGAAACUAAAACUUGCAACCAUUCGGGUCGGACUAGCCAGCUAACCCUAAAAGUAAAUAUAUCAUAUAAGAACCAGCUUGGUUCAGUAAGAGAAACUUCAAGAAAAUCCCGGGACAUAGAAAUCAAACCAAAGUUACAGUAAAGAAAAAGCAAUGUCAUUGGCUAAAGAUUUCUUUUAUUUGCUGGACAAGAA